UCUCUCGAAGGUCGUCUCGAAUGCACCGGGACACUCCUGGCCUGCUCCUGACACAGCGGAUAGCAAUCUUACACCACAGCGGCCCUCGCCGCUGCAGGGAAGAGCAGAUGGUCGCAGUGCGCACGGACUGUCUGCACGACAACAAUCAGCAGCUAUUAGCCCGCACGGGCCCAGUAAAAGUUUGACUUAUGAUAUCACCAUCAGACAACAGUCCUUUCACGUUCAAAUCCCGCAAUUUGCAGAGACCUCUCUUGUUGACACAUCUUGACAACAGUAAUAUAAUCGCCCGCACCACUAUCACCUGACAUCCACAGGCAUACCAAUCACGCCACGCAUACAUCAUGAGGAUCUUUCAGUGCGCUGUCAUGGGCUCGGGAGGAGUAGGAAAGAGCGCUUGUACAGUCCGGUUCAUCAAUGGCUCGUAUCUAGAGUGGUAUGACCCUACCAUCGAAGACUCGUACAGAAAGCAAUUUACAGUCGACAACCAGCCUUGCCUGCUAGAGAUCCUGGAUACAGCCGGUAUCGACCAAUACUUGACGCUCAAUGAUCUUUUCAUCCGUGAAUCAGAAGGUUUCGUCCUCGUCUUUUCAAUAACCCAACGCGAUACAUUCGAAGAAGUCAUACGUACUCGAGAAACUAUAUCCCGCAUCAAAUCACCUUCAGAAACGGGAACCAAAGUAUCCAUGGUCAUUGUCGGAAAUAAAUGCGAUCUGGAGGACGAGCGACAAGUGUCAACAGCAGAGGGAGAGAAACUGGCAGAAUCAUGGGGCUGUAAAUACUUUGAAGCUUCUGCACGUACUUCUAGCAACAUCUCUCCAGCAUUCGAAGAGAUAGUCCGAGUCAUGAGGCGUAAUACAAGACCAAAGCAACGCGAGUUGAGAGGGAAAAGAGGAGGAAAGAAGUGUGUCAUACUCUGAUGUGUAUUGACUUUGCAGGCCAGAGGCUGUAAUCGAUGACGACGUAUAAUGCAUAUAAC